GGUGAAUGCUACAGCAUUUGGCUUGAUAAUGUUCUUGAAGAUCUGUAUCUUGUCUCCAAGAACUUGCUGUAUUAUUUUGAGAAAGAGGCCACAGAAGGCAGAGGAAAUAAAUUGAGAUCAAUUUGCAUUAUAACAGAUCUGCCUUCCAAUUAAACAAAUCUUCACCAGUCCUGAUUUUGAUGCGUUGAUUACAAAUCGAGGUAUCCCUCAUUUAUACCACAAUGUUUCUUUUGUUUUUUUUAAGAAGACAUGUAUAUUCAUAUAACACCAAUCUUGAGAUGUUUCCUUGUCUGUCAUCCUUUCUUCUUGUCUAUUUGUUUCACCUCAAGGUUCAUGUGUUUUAUUCUGGUUCUCGGGAUUCUAACUUGUAUUUUUAAACAUGUAGUCAAACAUAGGAGAUAGGUUUUCCUUGCCGAUAUCCUACCUUUUAUGUUACUCCUCUGCUUCGCUUAAGCCCCUCCCUAAACCAACUGCAUCUGGAACACUUGGUCACAUAUUGUCCUUCUCAAGUGACCUUUCAGUCUUCAUCUAAUGAACUGAACUCUGAACUGAAGAUACUUUUUAUGCCACUGCUUUGACCACAAUUUUCCGAUGUCUCUCUUUUUCCUACUUAAUUUCUCCCCUGCGUUCUUGCCCUCCUUUGUUACAUUUUUUCCAAUGAAAGAUGAUGAAACUGAAUCCACUGAGACAUUCUCCUUUCAAACAAAUCACCCUGUUGACCCAGCUACACUCGCAAGCCCCGAUCUCCUUUCAGACGUGUUUGAGAUAAAACAUGAUCUCAUUAAGAUGUCAUCUAUAUUGACAACACAAGAAAUUGACCAUCAGACCUCAACCAAUAGAGACAGAAUAGCGGCAAACAGUCUUGAGAAGAUAGUGGUGGGAGAACAUUUCAAGAAAAGUGAACAAUAUAAUGAGAAACAGGACAGGAGCAAGGUUGUUCAACAUUCUGUAGAAGGUGUGGAGUGGGUGGUAAUCUCAGACUCAAGGGUGGAUACAUUCAUUGAGACAAAACCCUUAUCUAAAAGUGUUACAGAAGUCAUGGACAUGUCAGGCACUACUUCAUUCCGGAGCAGCGAAAUUGACCAGGGCCGUGAAAAGCUACCUAUUGCCAUUAUGUCCUCUAAAGAUGACCUCAUUCAGGACAGGGUUGAACAAAUGGGGCUGAAGUCUGAUGGCAAGAGGCGCCCUCCAGAUAUCAAAAAACCUAUCCGUAGGAAACUUAAAGAAAGGGAUCAAUCGGGAUGCAGCAGUUCUGAGGGUGAGAUGGAAAGAAUGGGCUCUGAGGAGUCUCUGGAUGGGGAUACAAUACUGGCCGAGACUGGCCUGGCACGAAGCGUAUCCAUGGAGCCUCCGACAUCUCCUUUCAUUGUUGAAACACCAAUAGGAUCAAUCAAAGAAAGGGUUAAAGCCUUACAGAAAAUGGUGCACGAAGAGGAAGAAUUAAAAAGUACACAACCAUCAGUCCCACAUGGAAAACCAAUGAUUUCCACAGAGAGGAUGGAGUCAGACAUGCCGGAACUUCCUAAAAUCCCAAAAUCGCCCAAAUCCCCCAGGUCGCAGACAGAAAGAUUAGAGGAGACUAUGUCUGUUAGAGAAUUGAUGAAAGCAUUCCAGACUGGACAGGAUCCUUCAAAGAACAAAACCGGCCUUUUUGAACACAAAGCCAUAGCUGUUACAACUAGCUCAACUUUGAAUGUCUCAAGAGAGGACUCUGAGGAAUCACAAGAUACGUCAAGCUUUUCUCAUGUGGAGGCAGACACAAAUGUGGAUGCACGUCAAGCGCAGUACAAUAAUGGAUUUGUUAGUCUAAGCAGUGACCAUAAGCCAUGUGAAGACAUGCAGAUAAGCCCUGAUCGCAGACCCUCAGAAGAUUUCAGUGCAGACAUAAAGGCUGAGCUGGAGGAAAGUCCAGAGUAUCAAUUGUUCAAGCAGACAACAAGAGUGAUGGAUGGUAAAGAUCAGCUUGAUACACCUGACGUCGGAGUUGAAUCGAAUGCAUUCCAGGAAACUGCACAGAGCACGGAUAACCAUGUAAGUGAUGAGAGUACCAAACAUCAAGGGCCAUCAGACAUUAAUGAAAAGAAAGCCUACUAUUCAGAGAAAAUUGAGGAUGACGAUAUGGAGAAGGAAAAGUCAACAAAAUACUCUGUAAUAGAUACAGUCGAGCCACAUCUCCAACAAGUUCAUGUAGAAAGGAAAGUAUCAUACAAAACAGCCACAGCCAUGAAGGAUAUGUCGGGUCUGUUGUCUGUUCUGAACAGGGAUCUGGACCAUUACCUAGAGGAAAGACCUGCAGACUAUGUGUCAGAAGGGGCAAAAGAAAAAGCAGAACAAACAGGGAGCAGUCCCAAAGAUACCACGUCAGUAUCUAUGAAUUUGGUAGAGGAACCACAAUUCAAAGAGACUCGUAUUGAAAGAACCAUUUUUAAUAAACCAUCUACACAAGUGAAAGAUAUGACUGGAAUGUUGACCCUUCUAAACUCUGACUUGGAGCAAUUUCUAGCAGGCAGGCCAGUAAUUGCUCAUCAGCCAGAGCAGGAUGUUAUCCAGGAGACAUUUGAUCAAGUUAUUCUUAUCAAAAAGAAUUAUCGGGGAGACACCCUAAAAUUAUCGUGGGAGGAACAAGAUGCAACAGAUACAAAGACAGGCCUAAUACAUAAUGUUGAUUUAGAGGAUAGAACUACUUCAGCAGCAGAAAUAACAGAAAUAGAACAGAGCGGUGACUUAGAGGAGAGUCAUGGAAACAGGGUUGUUGACGAUGUAGGGGUCGAAGUGUUUAGGUCAGCUUCAGUGGAGCAGAUAGCUUUCCAGGAGGUACGCAUUGAGAAAAACAUCUCCCAUCGCCAAUCUCCAACAGAGAAGGACAUGUCAGGCAUGCUGUCAUUGCUCAGUGAGGACUUGGACCAACAUGCAAAUGAGACACCAGUGGUUGGUAGGCAGCCUGAACUGGAUGGUACCCAGGACAUAUUUGAACAGGUUAUUGUUGUCCUAAAGAAUCGUCGGGGAGAUAACCUUGAAUAUUCAUGUGAGGAUAAAGAUACAACACAGGAAAAAGGAGUAGUAGAUGGUGUUGAUUUAGAGGACAAGACUACUUCAGCAACAGUUCAAAUAACAGAAAUUGUAGAGAGUACUGAAAAGGGUCGUGGAAAUAAACCUGAUGGUGUAGAAGUCAAAGCGUCAGCUUCAGUAGAGGAAAUAGCAUUCCAGGAGGUACGCAUUGAGAAAAACAUCUCCAAUCUCCAAUCUCCUAAACAGAAGGAUAUGUCAGGCAUACUGUCAUUGCUCUUUGAGGACCUCAACCAACAUGUACAUGAGACACCAUUGGUUGUGAGUCAGCCAGAAGAGGAAAGUACCCAGGAGAUACUUGAACAAGUCAUCCUCCCUCAAAAGAAUCGUCAUAGAGGCAACCUAAAAUUGUCUUUUGAGAAUAAUGAUGCAACAGAGGAAAAUACAGGCCUUGUACAUAGAGUUGAUUUAGAGGAUAUAACUACUUCAAUAGCAGAAAUAACACAGAAAGUAGUGAGUAAUGUCCUAGAGGAGGGUCAUGAAAACAUGGUUUAUGAUGAUGUAGGGGUCAAAGUGUUUGUGUCAGCUUCUGUGGAGCAAAUAGCAUUCAAGGAAGUAAGCAUUGAGAAAAACAUCUCCCAUCGCCAAUCUCCAACAGAGAAUGACAUGUCAGGCAUGCUGUCAUUGCUCAGUGAGGACUUGGACCAACAUGCAAAUGAGACACCAGUGGUUGGUAGCCAGUCAGAAGAGGAUAGUAUCCAGGACACAUUUGAACAGGUUAUUGUUGUCCUAAAGAAUCGUGGGGGAGAUAAGCUUGAAUAUUCAUGUGAGGAUAAGGAUACAACACAGGAAAAAGCAAUAGUGGAUGGUGUUGGUUUAGAGGAUAAGACUUCUUCAGCAUCAGUUGAAAUAACAGAAAUUGAAGAGAGUGGUGAAAAGGGUCGUGGAAAUACACUUGAUGAUGUAGAGGUCAAAGCGUUUUCAUCGGGCUCUGUGGAGGAAAUAGCAUUCCAGGAGGUACGCAUUCAGAAAAACAUCUCCCAUUGCCAAUCUCCAACAGAUAAGGACAUGUCAGGCAUGCUGUCAUUGCUCAGUGAGGACUUGGACCAACAGAUAUAUGAGCGACCAGUGGUUGAGAGGCACCCAGAAGAGGAUAUUACCAAGGAGAUAAUUGAACAAGUCAUCCUCCCUCAAAAUAAUUAUGGUAGAGACACUCUUCAAUUAUCUUGUCAGGAUGAGAAUGCAACCGGUGAAAAGAUAGAAGUUGUAGACAGUGUUGAUUUAGGAGAUAUAACUACUUCAGCAACAGUUGAAAUGACACAAAUAGAAGUGAGUGAAGAGUGUCAUGAAAUAUCCACUGAUGAUGUAGAGGUCAAAGCAUUGCUGUCAGCUUCAGAAGAGGAAAUAGAAUUCCAGGAAGUACGCAUUGAGAAAAAUAUCUCCCAUGGCAAAUCUCCAACAGAAAACGAUAUGUCAGGCAUGCUGUCAUUACACAGUGAGGACUUGGAUAAAGAGAUCAAGGAGGCCCCAGUAAUCAAGAUGCUACCAUCAGAGGAGCUCAUCAAAGAAACAUUUGAAGAAAUAAUCCUAGUCCAAAAGGUCCAUCAUCGGGACAUUAAAUCAUCUGGGGAAGGUGAUGAUUGCUCAAUAACAAAUGAGAAAAUACAAUUAGAAGAUAGACUUGAACAAGAAGAUGAUGCAGUUUCCAAAGAAGACACACAAGGGGAUUACAGUGACGCAGAGCCUUCUCCUUACCAUCCUGUAACAGAUUAUUACCAAGAAAAUGACCCUGAGCACAAAUCCUCAAUAGAAAAUACUAUUAUGUCAGAAGACAAGAAAAAACAGAAAGAUGAAUAUUCUUCAUCAGAGGUAAAUCUUGAAACUACAGCCAUCACAAUGCUACAUUCCAGGGACUUAUGUGAAGUCAUCAGUGGGCAACAAUCAUGCUUGACAAUAGUUGAUAGUGAGGAAGGCCGGGAAGACCCUCAGGAGAUACCAUGCCAUUUGGAAAUGCCACAAAGACCUGUAGACCUACACACUCUAGUCCUGGGUGGCUCAGACAGACGUCCUUCAAACAGAGACUCACUAGAGUCAAGUCCUGUCAUGGAGGACAAGUCAUCAACAAACUCGCCCGAUUCAAUAGAGGCGAGCCCCUCGAGAGAAUCUCCUUGCCCAGACUCUCUAGAAGGUAGUCCAACUCACCAAAACGACACACAGACAAUAUCCGGUAACACAGUGGUCUAUGAAGACUAUUCCUCCCAACUCAAAGCCUGCUUUGGUUAUGAAAAAUCUAUUGACAAAGACGAUAACUGGCAGGAAAAUAAACCAAUAACCCAACAACUGGAAUCCAAAAUACAUUCGUUGCCGCUUGAUGAAGACAGGACAAGCUCUGAUGGCAAAGUCUUGGAACAUCUUUCAAAAGACAUGGAUGAAAACUCCCCUGUUGAAGCUAAUGAAGAAGAGGAUAAUGUCACCAGUAGACAAUUUACCCCAGAAGAGGAAAUGUUUAAGAUGGCAUCAAAGAUUAAAACCUUUGAGGAAAUGGAACUGGAGACCACAAUCACAGUUGGUGAUAAAUCUGCAGAAUCUUGCACCUUAUUGGAAACUGAAUGUGAAAAUGUGGUGGAAAAUAGACCUUUGCAAAAAGAAUUUGAAGAGAAACAAGAGCAAGUCCCUGAAGAAUGUACUACAGAGAGCACACCUGAGGUAGAUGAGCAUAGUGUUGAUCAUGAUGCAGAGGUUUCCUCAGUAGAUGGUUUAAGUUCUACUUGUGUAGCUCGUAAUUUAGAAGAAGAAGAGAAGGUACGUACAAAUAAUAUUGAGCUAGUAGCUAAGAAGUCAUUUUUGGAAAACCUAUCUGACCAGGGGUAUGAUCAACGUAAUAUUGUGCCUUGGAGUCAAAGCCAAGGAAGGAAAGAAGAUGAAGUACAAUAUGAUGGUGCAGCCAUUAAUUCACGAGUUGAAGCAGAGGGCAAUCAUAUUUUAAGCCCUGCAGAAGAGAGAAAAAACCCUGACUCACCUGGUUGUACACCACAUGAAGAUGGAGCCCCUAACCCCUUUCAAUUUCAGGAAGGUAAACUCUUUGAGAUGACACGGGGGGGUGCUGUAGACAUGACAAGUAGAAGCUGUGAAGGAGAGGAAUAUUCCUUCUUUCACAUAGAACAUCCUGUUGAUGGGGUUUUUUCAGUAAUGGCAGAAGAUUACUACACUUUCUCUGAAGAAGCACCUGAGUCACAGAGUGCUACUGAUAAUGUCCCUAUUCCAAAAUGUAGGACAUCCAUUACAACCAUGGUAGACAUUUCAGAGAGUAAACAUCUAUCUUUAGAAACCAUUAAUGCAUCCAUAGAUGUUGAAUUGGGAUCUCAACCUGCUCUGGAAAGUCUAACCGCAGUCCAAAGUGAAGAUGCAAACCCAAAAUCCUCUCUAGACUACCUGGACUCUACUAUAGCGGAUCUGCGAUCGGCCACCUCCACAGUCACCCGCUCAGUAUACUCAGAGCAAAGCCCUGAUUCCUCAGAUUCCUCUGCUGAGGAUGAGGAUGAGGAUGAGGAACCGAGCUCUGUCAUCGAGAUGCCAUCUACAACCAAUACUAAAGCAGAAUCGGACAUCCCAGCUAAUGAACUAAAUAAGGAAGACAGCAAAUCCAAAAUGCCUGUAAAAGUGCCACUGAUGUCGUCGUUGGACUAUGGUCAAAGAUACAACGUUGAGAAACUGGCCAAUGACAAAUGCAGAACUAGGUCUGAGGCUGACAAUGGUACAAAUAAAGAUUACAAAAAAGUAGAAAGAUGUAAUUCAGAUAAUAAUUAUGAAGUGUCCAGUCCAUCUAUUAAAGCUAAGCAUGAACCAGAAGAGCACUCCUUUGACCAAUCUUUUGAAGACAACAAAGUGCAAAUACUUUCGGCUGGAAUGGCCUCUGUUAGUUCUUCAGUGGAUAUCGAGGAUAUGAACAGUGUGGAUAACAAAUGUCCAGAUUCAGUCAUCUUCAGAUAUGAUAGCCCUUCCUUGCAGAGCUCAAAUCCCGGUGCCAAACCUUUACCCAGUGUACCUUCUGCAACAGAGGAUGUUUUUGAAUCCAGGCCCGUCUGGGAUGAUACAGUGGAAACUCAAAUGCAGAGAAUCGGCGAUGAUGAAUCUCCAGAGUAUAAGCAAGUGGAUUGGCAGGAUGAUGUUGACAGGAAAGAGGAGACCCUAGCAAUCAUUGCAGAUCUUCUUGGGUUCAGCUGGACUGAACUGGCAAGGGAGCUGGAAUUCAAUGAGGAAGAGAUCCAGUUGGUAAGGACCGAGAAUCCUAACUCUCUCCAGGAGCAAAGCCAUGCUCUACUGCAGCGCUGGACCCAACGAGAGGGCAAACAUGCCACAGUUAUUCCAUCCAUAUCUUCAUUAGAUGACCUUUCUUCUUCCAUAGAGGACUGCCUGAUUAAGAGGCUGACAAAAAUCAAUCGUAUGGACAUUGUCCACCUGAUUGAAACCCAGAAGAAUAAAUCAAUUCAAGAGCAAACGUCAAGAACAUAUGCAGAGAUAGAAAAGACACUGGAUCACAGUGAAGUGUCCGUAGCCCUAUCCUUAGUACAAGAGGAUGUAGACAGCCCCAGAAUAGUACGGAGGACGGAUUCAGACCGCAAACCACCUCCCGCUGUCUCUGAAGAAGACCUAUCUGUAGCAUCACUACUCGACAUCCCUUCCUGGGCGGAGCCUAUUGCUCACACACACUCAGAAAGCAUGCAUUGUGAUCUAUUGGAGGACCUUGAGAUUCCCCAUGAAGUGAACCCCAACCUGUGGACAGAGGAUCUAUUGAAAGGGGAAUCGGCAAAUAAUGACGAUGACGAUGAAGAGCAAGUAAGUCCACCUUUCCAUUCAGAUGAGGCCACACUGUGGAGGUUAUCAUCUCACGUGUAUGACCACCAGUACAGAAGAAAGGAGCAUCAAGGUUAUCCCACUGUCGCGGUUGAUCCCAAAGAGGCCAGAGCAUUGCAAGUUGCAGCAGAGAGUCAUGUCCAAAAUGUGGGCUGCAAAUCUUUGGGGCCACGUCCAAACCAAGAAGGUUGUACAGCAGACCGGCGGCAGUUGACUCCCUCACUGGGACUAGCGUCACCUCUAUCAAUGAAAGACAUUGGCCCAAGCCUUUAUGAAUCAGACCAAGCAGAGAAAGCCUUAAAUGAGCUUUGGUGUGGUUUGAGAGAUACAGUACAACUUGGUUUGUAUGUCUCCACUGCCUCUUUUACCUUGACCCCUGAGGUCAAGCCCAAGUUAAAUAUAACAAAUGACAGAGAAACCCUUGAUCCAACUCAAAGAAACGUAUCUCCAGAUGAAGCAGGCCUGGAAGAUCACAUAGUUCCAAAGACCAGCUGUGUACAGAGAGAAAAUGUACCCUUCAUUGACGAACACGGAGAGGUUUCAAGAUUAACCUAUAGCCACAAGCCUGGUUAUAAAAUAGCUACAUACCACAUGGAAGAUAAUAAGGCCACUAAUAUUCAAAGAAACAUUUCAACCUAUGGUAUGAAAACCAGUGACACUCAUCAGAUGGUCUCUGACUCAACUGAUAGGUGCCCCCCUUCCAACUCAUUUAGUCAAAACACUCGCGGUGCAAUUGUCAGAGCAAAGGAAUCCCAUAUCAUUGAGCCUGAAGCAGUCAGCUCCAGCCUUUUCAAACCUGUCCUCCUUCCUCAAAGGAACUUUUCCCCUUUAAAAACAAAGAUACUAAAGCAACAAAGGCAUAGACUGUCACCUGAUGAAUGUGUGAUAUCCGUUGGUGAUGACACUCUUAUGAGACACAAAAUUAUUGAUUCUCCAGACUUCAAAAGUUUGUUGGAUGAUAAAAGGUCUCUCUCUUCUAGGUCAGAAGGAUUGGAUUCACCAGUACACACAAAACAAACUGAAUAUAAAGAGAAAUGUAACUAUUUUAGCAUAUCCCCAAAACCAUACGAGACUACGAAUGAGUUCAGGUCACUGAACCCUGAUUCUCCAGCACUUAAGAAUAGUCCACCUAUAGUUUUACAUGUGGAGGCCAAGGUUGAAUAUAGAGUUGCAUCAGCUACACCAGCUUUAGAUAUAGACUAUGAGGAGUUUUGGAUGGAAGAAUUGUUGCCUAAUAGUCCCCAACUAGAGAACCCUAACCCAGACUCAAGUUUAGCCAUUCAUGUUGAUGAACAUAUCCCACAAUACCCACAAAUACCACAUUUUUUUUCAUCAGUGACAACAUCUUUUUCUGAAUAUAAAUCUUCCCCAUUCCCUGAGUCAAUCUUUUCAGAAAUGGAAUUCUCAGAUUUAUAUCAAGAUGAAUCUUUAUGUUCAGGGGUACAUUUUAAUUUUUCUUGUGAACAAGAAUUGUUGAAGAGUGCAGUUGAGUUUGUAGAUUCAAAAAGUGAAAUUGAAAUUGAGUUGCAGAUUGAUAGAUCUUCCUCACCAGAAUCUGAAAUGUCUCAGUGCAGUUACUCCUUCCUUGAACUCUGGCUUUAUGAACCAAUCCAAUCCCAGCUCAGAAGUCAACACUGUGAUUUCUUUUUAUGGUAUUCAGGAGAAAAUACACAAUCAAAUGUAUUAGUAAUGCCAGCUUCAGCAUAUUCUGUAGACCGACAAGAACUAACCGAUUCCUUUCCAUCACUCAUUGAAGUUCCACGGAAUGGUUUACUUCAGAAUUCAUCAACAACAUGGUCAGAUAUUAAUACUGUCACAUACACACACGCUGAACUAGGCCCUCUUGUUGAAGAAUCGGAUUAUACAUGUGAAAAAGAGAAGCCUAGAUAUACAACAUGUGAAUCCGCUAAACCAGGUGAGAACAAAACGUCAUUAAUUGAGUCCUGGUUAUCUAACUGCAUGACAUCAUCAAGCGAAUCACAUGAAAAUAGAUCAAUGAUAGAAGCUGAAGCUGUCCUCUUGGAAAACAAUUCUUCAAUACUAAAUGAACACAAUUCUGAUCCAAGAAAAAGGUCCCCUGAAUCUGUGACCACAGAAGAGUAUGGACUUUUCUGCAAAAUUGAAGAGACAAGGGCAAACACAUCAUUUGAAUCAUCCGUUUCAAAUGAUGAUCAUGGACCAGCAAUAGCUGAAAUGUGUAACGUAUCCUACAAUAUAGAGAUGUCAGCCAAUGGGCAACGAAGCAAAAAAGACGAACAGGAAUUUAAAGCAAUUGGAUUCUUAGGAUCAAACAUUAUCCCACAUUCAUGGCCAUCAGAAAACAAGUUAAGCGUUAUUGAAACAACUGGAAUUCCGUUGAGAAUUCUAGGACCAGACACAAAACCUUUGACGUAUGCAGAUGUUGUGAGGGGUUUUUCUGAAGCUAAGUCAUCAACGGAUUUGCCUGAAAGGAAUGGCAUGCUCAUUUCACCUGAAAAACACAAUGAGGACAGCUGUGUAUGUUCUGACAAUAUCUUGGUGCCACUUGAGUGUCAACAUUGUGACUAUUACUUACGAUUCUUUAAAGGGAGACCCUCAUCAUCUCAGUCCAUGGCAUCGGACCCAGAAUUAUUUGGCUUUUGUAAUGAAGAAUUAUUGGAUGAAAACAGACCUGACUCACCUGACUCAUUUACAUUUAAUUUCAAAGAUCAAGAAAUAGAUGUUCCAAUAUCAAAUAUCAAACUUGCCGUAUCGACAGAACCUUUGAAGUAUGCAGAUGUUGUGAGGGGUAAUUUUAAAACGAAAUCAGAGCAUUUCCUUGAAGAGGAUCCUACAUCACCUUCGGCUGAAAUGUACACAUCAGACAAUGAGGAUACCCAAGAAUUCCUUUGCAAUACGGUCAAUGAGUUGAGACCUCACUCCCCUGAAUCUGUUGCUUCUCAUGAUGAGUUUUCAUCCCUUUCUCCUGACUCACCCAACCCCCAAUUCAUGCCCCAGUACUGUGAGUAUGUUGUUGAGUACUCAGCAAAUAGAUCAAGUUCGCCAGUAUCAGCAGCUUCAGAUAUUGAAUGUAAUGAUCUUUGUCUUGGAUAUCUGUUUGAAGAGAUAAGGCCUGAUUCUCCAAUGUCAGUUCUAUCUGACUUUAAACUGGAACAUGUGUUUGAUAGCUUGCCCUUCUCUGCAGUAUUAAUUUCUUCAGACGUAGAUUGUUCCCUUGUUCAGAACUGGUUAGCCGAGUUGAGACCAUCUUCCCCAGAAUCAGUAACAUCUGCUGAUCCAAGUUGGGUCUGUUCUGACAAUACCUUUGUUCCACUUGAGUCCCAACAUUGUGACUAUUACUUGCGAUUCUUUGAAGGGAGACCCUCAUCAUCUCAGUCAAUGGCAUCUGACCCAGAAUUAUUUGGCUUUUGUAUCGAAGAGUUGUUUGAUGAGAUUCGACCAGAUUCACCUGACUCAGUUACAUUAAAUUUCAAAGAUCAAGAAAUAGAUGUUCCAAUUUCAAAUAUCAGAUGUGCCGUAUUGACAAAACAUAUGACGUAUGCAGAUGUUGUGAGGUGUAAUUUGAAAAUUAAAUCAGAGGAUUUCCAUGAAGGGGAAAUUUGUGAGGCUAGAUCACCUUCAGCUGAAAUGUACUCAUCAGACAAUGAGGAUACACAGGAAUUCCUUUGCAAUUGGGUCAAUGAGUUGAGACCUCACUCCCCUGAAUCUGUUGCUUCUCAUAAUGAGUUUUCAUCCCUUUCUCCUGACUCACCCAUUCCCCAAUUCAUGCCCCAGUACUGUGAGUAUGUUGUUGAGUACUCAGCAAAUAGAUCAAGUUCGCCAGUAUCAGCAGCUUCAGAUAUUGAAUGUAAUGAUCUUUGUCUUGGAUAUCUGUUUGAAGAGAUAAGGCCUGAUUCUCCAAUGUCAGUUCUAUCUGACUUUAAACUGGAACAUGUGUUUGAUAGCUGGCCCUUCUCUGCAGAAUUCAUUUCUUCAGAUGUAGAUUGUUCCCUUGUUCAGAACAGGUUUGCCGAGUUGAGACCAUCUUCCCCAGAAUCAGUAACAUCUGCUGAUCCAAGUUGGGUCUGUUCUGACAAUACCUUUGUUCCACUUGAGUCCCAACAUUGUGACUAUUACUUGCGAUUCUUUGAAGGGAGACCCUCAUCAUCUCAGUCAAUGGCAUCUGACCCAGAAUUAUUUGGCUUUUGUAUCGAAGAGUUGUUUGAUGAGAUUCGACCAGAUUCACCUGACUCAAUUACAUUUAAUUUCAAAGAUCAAGAAAUAGAUGUUCCAAUUUCAAAUAUCAGAUGUGCCGUAUUGACAAAACAUAUGACGUAUGCAGAUGUUGUGAGGUGUAAUUUGAAAAUUAAAUCAGAGGAUUUCCAUGAAGGGGAAAUUUGUGAGGCUAGAUCACCUUCAGCUGAAAUGUACUCAUCAGACAAUGAGGAUACACAGGAAUUCCUUUGCAAUUGGGUCAAUGAGUUGAGACCUCACUCCCCUGAAUCUAUUGCUUCUUGUGAUGAGUUUUCAUCCCUUUCUCCUGACUCACCCAUUCCCCAAUUCAUGCCCCAGUACUGUGAGUAUGUUGUUGAGUACUCAGCAAAUAGAUCAAGUUCGCCAGUAUCAGCAGCUUCAGAUAUUGAAUGUAAUGAUCUUUGUCUUGGAUAUCUGUUUGAAGAGAUAAGGCCUGAUUCUCCAAUGUCAGUUCUAUCUGACUUUAAACUGGAACAUGUGUUUGAUAGCUGGCCCUUCUCUGCAGAAUUCAUUUCUUCAGAUGUAGAUUGUUCCCUUGUUCAGAACAGGUUUGCCGAGUUGAGACCAUCUUCCCCUGAAUCAGUAUCAUCUGCUGAUCUAAGUUGUGUCUGUUCUGACAAUACCUUUGUUCCACUUGAGUCUCAACAUUGUGACUAUUACUUGCGAUUCUUUGAAGGGAGACCCUCAUCAUCUCAGUCCACGGCAUCUGACCCAGAAUUAUUUGGCUUUUGUAUCGAAGAGUUGUUUGAUGAGAUUCGACCGGAUUCACCUGACUCAUUUACAUUUAAUUUCCAAGAUCAAGAAAUAGAUGUUCCAAUGUCAAAUAUCAGACGUGCCGUAUUGACAAAACCUUUGACGUAUGCAGAUGUUGUGAGGUAUCAUUUAAAAAAGAAAUCCGAGGAUUUCCAUGAAGAGGAUAUCUGUGAGGCUAGAUCACCUUCCGCUGAAAUGUACACAUCAGACAAUGAGGAUACACAGGAAUUCCUUUGCGAUACGGUCAAUGAGUUGAGACCUCACUCCCCUGAAUCUGUUGCUUCUCAUGAUGAGUUUUCCUCCCUUUCUCCUGACUCACCCAUCCCCCAAUUCAUGCCCCAGUACUGUGAGUAUGUUGUUGAGUACUCAGCAAAUAGAUCAAGUUCGCCAGUAUCAGCAGCUUCAGAUAUUGAAUGUAAUGAUCUUUGUCUUGGAUAUCUGUUUGAAGAGAUAAGGCCUGAUUCUCCAAUGUCAGUUCUAUCUGACUUUAAACUGGAACAUGUGUUUGAUAGCUGGCCCUUCUCUGCAGUAUUAAUUUCUUCAGAUGUAGAUUGUUCCCUUGUUCAGAACUGGUUAGCCGAGUUGAGACCAUCUUCCCCAGAAUCAGUAACAUCUGCUGAUCCAAGUUGGGUCUGUUCUGACAAUACCUUUGUUACACUUGAGUCCCAACAUUGUGACUAUUACUUGCGAUUCUUUGAAGGGAGACCCUCAUCAUCUCAGUCAAUGGCAUCUGACCCAGAAUUAUUUGGCUUUUGUAUCGAAGAGUUGUUUGAUGAGAUUCAACCAGAUUCACCUGACUCAGUUACAUUAAAUUUCAAAGAUCAAGAAAUAGAUGUUCCAAUUUCAAAUAUCAGAUGUGCCGUAUUGACAAAACAUAUGACGUAUGCAGAUGUUGUGAGGUGUAAUUUGAAAAUUAAAUCAGAGGAUUUCCAUGAAGGGGAAAUUUGUGAGGCUAGAUCACCUUCAGCUGAAAUGUACUCAUCAGACAAUGAGGAUACACAGGAAUUCCUUUGCAAUUGGGUCAAUGAGUUGAGACCUCACUCCCCUGAAUCUGUUGCUUCUCAUGAUGAGUUUUCAUCCCUUUCUCCUGACUCACCCAUUCCCCAAUUCAUGCCCCAGUACUGUGAGUAUGUUGUUGAGUACUCAGCAAAUAGAUCAAGUUCGCCAGUAUCAGCAGCUUCAGAUAUUGAAUGUAAUGAUCUUUGUCUUGGAUAUCUGUUUGAAGAGAUAAGGCCUGAUUCUCCAAUGUCAGUUCUAUCUGACUUUAAACUGGAACAUGUGUUUGAUAGCUGGCCCUUCUCUGCAGAAUUCAUUUCUUCAGAUGUAGAUUGUUCCCUUGUUCAGAACAGGUUUGCCGAGUUGAGACCAUCUUCCCCAGAAUCAGUAACAUCUGCUGAUCCAAGUUGGGUCUGUUCUGACAAUACCUUUGUUCCACUUGAGUCCCAACAUUGUGACUAUUACUUGCGAUUCUUUGAAGGGAGACCCUCAUCAUCUCAGUCAAUGGCAUCUGACCCAGAAUUAUUUGGCUUUUGUAUCGAAGAGUUGUUUGAUGAGAUUCGACCAGAUUCACCUGACUCAAUUACAUUUAAUUUCAAAGAUCAAGAAAUAGAUGUUCCAAUUUCAAAUAUCAGAUGUGCCGUAUUGACAAAACAUAUGACGUAUGCAGAUGUUGUGAGGUGUAAUUUGAAAAUUAAAUCAGAGGAUUUCCAUGAAGGGGAAAUUUGUGAGGCUAGAUCACCUUCAGCUGAAAUGUACUCAUCAGACAAUGAGGAUACACAGGAAUUCCUUUGCAAUUGGGUCAAUGAGUUGAGACCUCACUCCCCUGAAUCUAUUGCUUCUUGUGAUGAGUUUUCAUCCCUUUCUCCUGACUCACCCAUUCCCCAAUUCAUGCCCCAGUACUGUGAGUAUGUUGUUGAGUACUCAGCAAAUAGAUCAAGUUCGCCAGUAUCAGCAGCUUCAGAUAUUGAAUGUAAUGAUCUUUGUCUUGGAUAUCUGUUUGAAGAGAUAAGGCCUGAUUCUCCAAUGUCAGUUCUAUCUGACUUUAAACUGGAACAUGUGUUUGAUAGCUGGCCCUUCUCUGCAGAAUUCAUUUCUUCAGAUGUAGAUUGUUCCCUUGUUCAGAACAGGUUUGCCGAGUUGAGACCAUCUUCCCCAGAAUCAGUAACAUCUGCUGAUCCAAGUUGGGUCUGUUCUGACAAUACCUUUGUUCCACUUGAGUCCCAACAUUGUGACUAUUACUUGCGAUUCUUUGAAGGGAGACCCUCAUCAUCUCAGUCAAUGGCAUCUGACCCAGAAUUAUUUGGCUUUUGUAUCGAAGAGUUGUUUGAUGAGAUUCGACCAGAUUCACCUGACUCAAUUACAUUUAAUUUCAAAGAUCAAGAAAUAGAUGUUCCAAUUUCAAAUAUCAGAUGUGCCGUAUUGACAAAACAUAUGACGUAUGCAGAUGUUGUGAGGUGUAAUUUGAAAAUUAAAUCAGAGGAUUUCCAUGAAGGGGAAAUUUGUGAGGCUAGAUCACCUUCAGCUGAAAUGUACUCAUCAGACAAUGAGGAUACACAGGAAUUCCUUUGCAAUUGGGUCAAUGAGUUGAGACCUCACUCCCCUGAAUCUAUUGCUUCUUGUGAUGAGUUUUCAUCCCUUUCUCCUGACUCACCCAUUCCCCAAUUCAUGCCCCAGUACUGUGAGUAUGUUGUUGAGUACUCAGCAAAUAGAUCAAGUUCGCCAGUAUCAGCAGCUUCAGAUAUUGAAUGUAAUGAUCUUUGUCUUGGAUAUCUGUUUGAAGAGAUAAGGCCUGAUUCUCCAAUGUCAGUUCUAUCUGACUUUAAACUGGAACAUGUGUUUGAUAGCUGGCCCUUCUCUGCAGAAUUCAUUUCUUCAGAUGUAGAUUGUUCCCUUGUUCAGAACAGGUUUGCCGAGUUGAGACCAUCUUCCCCUGAAUCAGUAUCAUCUGCUGAUCUAAGUUGUGUCUGUUCUGACAAUACCUUUGUUCCACUUGAGUCUCAACAUUGUGACUAUUACUUGCGAUUCUUUGAAGGGAGACCCUCAUCAUCUCAGUCCACGGCAUCUGACCCAGAAUUAUUUGGCUUUUGUAUCGAAGAGUUGUUUGAUGAGAUUCGACCGGAUUCACCUGACUCAUUUACAUUUAAUUUCCAAGAUCAAGAAAUAGAUGUUCCAAUGUCAAAUAUCAGACGUGCCGUAUUGACAAAACCUUUGAAGUAUGCAGAUGUUGUGAGGUAUCAUUUAAAAAAGAAAUCCGAGGAUUUCCAUGAAGAGGAUAUCUGUGAGGCUAGAUCACCUUCCGCUGAAAUGUACACAUCAGACAAUGAGGAUACACAGGAAUUCCUUUGCGAUACGGUCAAUGAGUUGAGACCUCACUCCCCUGAAUCUGUUGCUUCUCAUGAUGAGUUUUCCUCCCUUUCUCCUGACUCACCCAUCCCCCAAUUCAUGCCCCAGUACUGUGAGUAUGUUGUUGAGUACUCAGUAAAUAGAUCAAGUUCGCCAGUAUCAGCAGCUUCAGAUAUUGAAUGUAAUGAUCUUUGUCUUGGAUAUCUGUUUGAAGAGAUAAGGCCUGAUUCUCCAAUGUCAGUUCUAUCUGACUUUAAACUGGAACAUGUGUUUGAUAGCUGGCCCUUCUCUGCAGUAUUAAUUUCUUCAGAUGUAGAUUGUUCCCUUGUUCAGAACUGGUUAGCCGAGUUGAGACCAUCUUCCCCAGAAUCAGUAACAUCUGCUGAUCCAAGUUGGGUCUGUUCUGACAAUACCUUUGUUACACUUGAGUCCCAACAUUGUGACUAUUACUUGCGAUUCUUUGAAGGGAGACCCUCAUCAUCUCAGUCCACUGCAUCUGACCCAGAAUUAUUUGGCUUUUGUAUCGAAGAGUUGUUUGAUGAGAUUCGACCAGAUUCACCUGACUCAAUUACAUAUAAUUUCAAAGAUCAAGAAAUAGAUGUUCCAAUUUCAAAUAUCAGAUGUGCCGUAUUGACAAAACAUAUGACGUAUGCAGAUGUUGUGAGGUGUAAUUUGAAAAUUAAAUCAGAGUAUUUCCAUGAAGGGGAAAUUUGUGAGGCUAGAUCACCUUCAGCUGAAAUGUACUCAUCAGACAAUCAGGAUACCCAGGAAUUCUUUUGCAACUGGGUCAAUGAGUUGAGACCUCACUCCCCUGAAUCUAUUGCUUCUUGUGAUGAGUUUUCAUCCCUUUCUCCUGACUCACCCAUUCCCCAAUUCAUGCCCCAGUACUGUGAGUAUGUUGUUGAGUACUCAGCAAAUAGAUCAAGUUCGCCAGUAUCAGCAGCUUCAGAUAUUGAAUGUAAUGAUAUUUGUCUUGGAUAUCUGUUUGAAGAGAUAAGGCCUGAUUCUCCAAUGUCAGUUCUAUCUGACUAUAAACUGGAACAUGUGUGUGAUAGCUGGCCCUUCUCUGCAGAAUUAAUUUCUUUAGAUGUAGAUUGUUCCCUUGUUCAGAACUGGUUAGCCGAGUUGAGACCAUCUUCCCCAGAAUCAGUAACAUCUGCUGAUCCAAGUUGGGUCUGUUCUGACAAUACCUUUGUUACACUUGAGUCCCAACAUUGUGACUAUUACUUGCAAUUCUUUGAAGGGAGACCCUCAUCAUCUCAGUCCACUGCAUCUGACCCAGAAUUAUUUGGCUUUUGUAUCGAAGAGUUGUUUGAUGAGAUUCGACCAGAUUCACCUGACUCAAUUACAUUUAAUUUCAAAGAUCAAGAAAUAGAUGUUCCAAUUUCAAAUAUCAGAUGUGCCGUAUUGACAAAACAUAUGACGUAUGCAGAUGUUGUGAGGUGUAAUUUGAAAAUUAAAUCAGAGGAUUUCCAUGAAGGGGAAAUUUGUGAGGCUAGAUCACCUUCAGCUGAAAUGUACUCAUCAGACAAUCAGGAUACCCAGGAAUUAUUUUUCAACUGGGUCAAUGAGUUGAGACCUCACUCCCCUGAAUCUAUUGCUUCUUGUGAUGAGUUUUCAUCCCUUUCCCCUGACUCACCCAUUCCCCAAUUCAUGCCCCAGUACUGUGAGUAUGUUGUUGAGUACUCAGCAAAUAGAUCAAGUUCGCCAGUAUCAGCAGCCUCAGAUAUUGAAUGUAAUGAUAUUUGUCUUGGAUAUCUGUUUGAAGAGAUAAGGCCUGAUUCUCCAAUGUCAGUUCUAUCUGACUAUAAACUGGAACAUGUGUGUGAUAGCUGGCCCUUAUCUGCAGAAUUAAUUUCUUCAGAUGUAGAUUGUUCCCUUGUUCAGAACAGGUUAGCCGAGUUGAGACCUUCUUCCCCUGAAUCAGAAACAUCUGCUGAUCUAAGUUGUGUCUGUUCUGACAACACCUUUGUUCCACUUGAGUCCCAACAUUGUGACUAUUACUUGCGAUUCUUUGAAAGGAGACCCUCAUUGUCUCAGUCCAUGGCAUCUGACCCAGAAUUAUUUGGCUUUUGUAUCAAAGAGUUGUUUGAUGAGAUUCGACCGGAUUCACCUGACUCCUUUAUAUUUAAUUUCAAAGAUCAAGAAAUAGAUCUUCCAAUGUCAAAUAUCAGACGUUCCGUAUUGACAAAACCUAUGACGUAUGCAGAUGUUUUGAGGUGUCAUUUAAAAAAGAAAUCUGAGGAUUUCCAUGAAGAGGAAAUCUGUGAGGCUAGAUCACCCUCUGCUGAAAUGUACUCAUCAGACAAUGAGGAUACACAGGAAUUCCUUUGCAAUUGGGUCAAUGAGUUGAGACCUCCCUCCCCUGAAUCUAUUGCUUCUCAUGAUGAGUUUUCAUCCCUUUCUCCUGACUCACCCAUUCCCCAAUUCAUGCCCCAGUACUGUGAGUAUGUUGUUGAGUACUCAGCAAAUAGAUCAAGUUCGCCAGUAUCAGCAGCUUCAGAUAUUGAAUGUAAUGAUCUUUGUCUUGGAUAUCUGUUUGAAGAGAUAAGGCCUGAUUCUCCAAUGUCAGUUCUAUCUGACUUUAAACUGGAACAUGUGUUUGAUAGCUUGCCCUUCUCUGCAGUAUUAAUUUCUUCAGAUGUAGAUUGUUCCCUUGUUCAGAACUGGUUAGCCGAGUUGAGACCAUCUUCCCCUGAAUCAGUAUCAUCCGCUGAUCUAAGUUGUGUCUGUUCUGACAAUACCUUUGUUCCACUUGAGUCCCAACAUUGUGACUAUUACUUGCGAUUCUUUGAAAGGAGACCCUCAUUGUCUCAGUCCAUGGCAUCUGACCCAGAAUUAUUUGGCUUUUUUAUCAAAGAGUUGUUUGAUGAGAUUCGACCAGAUUCACCUGACUCCAUUACAUUUAAUUUCAAAGAUCAAGAAAUAGAUGUUUCAAUGUCAAAUAUCAGACGUUCCGUAUUGACAAAACCUUUGACGUAUGCAGAUGUUGUGAGGUGUCAUUUGAAAAUGAAAUCAGAGGAUUUCCAUGAAGGGGAAAUCUGUGAGGCUAGAUCAACUUCAGCUGAAAUGUACUCAUCAGACAAUGAGGAUACACAGGAAUUCCUUUGCAAUUGGGUCAAUGAGUUGAGACCUCCCUCCCCUGAAUCUAUUGCUUCUCAUGAUGAGUUUUCCUCCCUUUCUCCUGACUCACCCAUCCGCCAAUUCAUGCCCCAGUACUGUGAGUAUGUUGUUGAGUACUCAGCAAAUAGAUCAAGUUCGCCAGUAUCAGCAGCUUCAGAUAUUGAAUGUAAUGAUCUUUGUCUUGGAUAUCUGUUUGAAGAGAUAAGGCCUGAUUCUCCAAUGUCAGUUCUAUCUGACUUUAAACUGGAACAUGUGUUUGAUAGCUGGCCCUUCUCUGCAGAAUUCAUUUCUUCAGAUGUAGAUUGUUCCCUUGUUCAGAACAGGUUUGCCGAGUUGAGACCAUCUUCCCCAGAAUCAGUAACAUCUGCUGAUCCAAGUUGGGUCUGUUCUGACAAUACCUUUGUUCCACUUGAGUCCCAACAUUGUGACUAUUACUUGCGAUUCUUUGAAGGGAGACCCUCAUCAUCUCAGUCCACUGCAUCUGACCCAGAAUUAUUUGGCUUUUGUAUCGAAGAGUUGUUUGAUGAGAUUCGACCGGAUUCACCUGACUCAAUUACAUUUAAUUUCAAAGAUCAAGAAAUAGAUGUUCCAAUGUCAAAUAUCAGACGUGUCGUAUUGACAAAACCUAUGACGUAUGCAGAUGUUUUGAGGUGUCAUUUAAAAAAGAAAUCUGAGGAUUUCCAUGAAGAGGAAAUCUGUGAGGCUAGAUCACCUUCUGCUGAAAUGUACUCAUCAGACAAUGAGGAUACACAGGAAUUCCUUUGCAAUUGGGUCAAUGAGUUGAGACCUCCCUCCCCUGAAUCUAUUGCUUCUCGUGAUGAGUUUUCAUCCCUUUCUCCUGACUCACCCAUUCCCCAAUUCAUGCCCCAGUACUGUGAGUAUUUUGUUGAGUACUCACCAAAUAGAUCAAGUUCGCCAGUAUCAGCAGCUUCAGAGAUUGAAUGUAAUGAUCUUUGUCUUGGAUAUCUGUUUGAAGAGAUAAGGCCUGAUUCUCCAAUGUCAGUUCUAUCUGACUUUAAACUGGAACAUGUAUGUGAUAGCUGGCCCUUCUCUGCAGAAUUAAUUUCUUCAGAUGUAGAUUGUUCCCUUGUUCAGAACAGGUUAGCCGAGUUGAGACCAUCUUCCCCUGAAUCAGAAACAUCUGCUGAUCUAAGUUGUGUCUGUUCUGACAAUACCUUUGUUCCACUUGAGUCCCAACAUUGUGACUAUUACUUGCGAUUCUUUGAAAGGAGACCCUCAUUGUCUCUGUCCAUGGCAUCUGACCCAGAAUUAUUUGGCUUAUGUAUCAAAGAGUUGUUUGAUGAGAUUCGACCAGAUUCACCUGACUCCUUUACAUUUAAUUUCAAAGAUCAAGAAAUAGAUGUUUCAAUGUCAAAUAUCAGACGUGCCGUAUUGACAAAACCUUUGACCUAUGCAGAUGUUUUGAGGUGUCAUUUGAAAAUGAAAUCAGAGGAUUUCCAUGAAGGGGAAAUCUGUGAGGCUAGAUCACCUUCAGCUGAAAUGUACUCAUCAGACAAUGAGGAUACACAGGAAUUCCUUUGCAAUUGGGUCAAUGAGUUGAGACCUCACUCCCCUGAAUCUAUUGCUUCUCAUGAUGAGUUUUCAUCCCUUUCUCCUGACUCACCCAUUCCCCAAUUCAUGCCCCAGUACUGUGAGUAUGUUGUUGAGUACUCAGCAAAUAGAUCAAGUUCGCCAGUAUCAGCAGCUUCAGAUAUUGAAUGUAAUGAUCUUUGUCUUGGAUAUCUGUUUGAAGAGAUAAGGCCUGAUUCUCCAAUGUCAGUUCUAUCUGACUUUAAACUGGAACAUGUGUUUGAUAGCUGGCCCUUCUCUGCAGAAUUUAUUUCUUCAGAUGUAGAUUGUUCCCUUGUUCAGAACAGGUUUGCCGAGUUGAGACCAUCUUCCCCUGAAUCAGUAUCAUCUGCUGAUCUAAGUUGUGUCUGUUCUGACAAUACCUUUGUUCCACUUGAGUCUCAACAUUGUGACUAUUACUUGCGAUUCUUUGAAGGGAGACCCUCAUCAUCUCAGUCCACGGCAUCUGACCCAGAAUUAUUUGGCUUUUGUAUCGAAGAGUUGUUUGAUGAGAUUCGACUGGAUUCACCUGACUCAUUUACAUUUAAUUUCCAAGAUCAAGAAAUAGAUGUUCCAAUGUCAAAUAUCAGACGUCCCGUAUUGACAAAACCUUUGACGUAUGCAGAUGUUGUGAGGUAUCAUUUAAAAAAGAAAUCCGAGGAUUUCCAUGAAGAGGAUAUCUGUGAGGCUAGAUCACCUUCCGCUGAAAUGUACACAUCAGACAAUGAGGAUACACAGGAAUUCCUUUGCAAUUGGGUCAAUGAGUUGAGACCUCACUCCCCUGAAUCUAUUGCUUCUCAUGAUGAGUUUUCAUCCCUUUCUCCUGACUCACCCAUUCCCCAAUUCAUGCCCCAGUACUGUGAGUAUGUUGUUGAGUACUCAGCAAAUAGAUCAAGUUUGCCAGUAUCAGCAGCUUCAGAUAUUGAAUGUAAUGAUCUUUGUCUUGGAUAUCUGUUUGAAGAUAUAAGGCCUGAUUCUCCAAUGUCAAUUCUAUCUGACUUUAAACUGGAACAUCGUUCAAAUCAAACCAACUCCAUCUGUAAUCCUCAAAGACACACAUUUGGUUAUCCUAAUGAGCCUGAUCCUAAGGUGUCUUUAGAAAAAAGUUGUGUACAUGUAGUUUUAGACAAAUGUGAUACAAUCCCAUUGACUCCUCAAUAUAAUUUAUUUUACAAUACAGUCCCUUGCAAAUUGAUGUGCCAUACGUAUGAUCCUGUAUACAAAGGAGGACAUCUAAAUACACACCACUUGUGCAAUCAGAAAUUGUGUGAAAACAGAGAAGGUCUGGCUUGGGGUUACCAUUUCAAGCCACCGUCUACGGUUUUGACUGAAAUUAUAUCGGAUCAGUCUUUAUCCUUUGAGGGAUCAUUUUCAAAACAAAGCAAUGAGCAUGUCUCUGAUUUCAACACGGAUUCUCAGUCGCCUACGUCUGGUUCAGCUUACCUAAAAGAGCCCCUUGACCUUAGAAAAGAGCCAAACUCACCACACCCAUAUGUACUAGAACACAACCAUGAACCAUGUCAAGAACCCAUGCCGGAAAAAAACUGGAUACCUUGGGAUGUGAAUCAACAAGAACAUGCAGACAUCGAAAAAUGUAGCACUGCAUUUAAAAAGGUAGAGCCCUCUGGGGGAAAGGAGAAUAGAUUCGAAAUUAAAUCUAUGUCUGGAGGGCCUUCAUUAUUAGAGAAUGAGUACACACAAUCUUUCCUGCAGUACUGGCUGUCUGAAAUAAACCUGCCAUCCUCCGAAGGUACUGCAAGUGUGCUACAUAAUUCAGCUAAACCUCUGUCUCCUGAGCCCUUUUCAAAUAGAAGUCUACCCAACUUGUCAACCAACAAACUUGCCUUUCAUCCUGUAUCCAAUAGAUUUAUAGCACAUGUUAAUGACUCUCUUUAUAAGGGAAAAUGUCUGUGUCAUAAAAGUGGAGACUUUGAAAACAUCAUGGAUAAACCAUCUGACAUGAUGUAAUACAGCGGCACAACAGUAUGAAUCACAGCCAUCGAAUAAAUCAUUCAUUCAGUCAUUUAAAUCUCCCUCUUAAAGUUGAGUGCAAUUCAAUGUCAGAAUAUUUGCUUCAAAUUGAUAGUAAACAAACAACUCAAUGCUGUUUAUUAUUAGUGUUCCCUCAAUAGGUCAACUGUCCCUGAUUGGUUCUAAGGCUUCAUGAAUCAGACCCAUUCUACAGAGCAGACCUAAAAUUGAAUCCAGAAUUUCUCUUUUUUUUCCAAAGAUAGACAAUCUUAUACACCUGAGCUGUAUGUGCCGAAUAUCACAGCCCAGAUUAAUCCUCUAUCAUGUUUUUUUUGCCAUUGUUAGGGCUUGUGCCAGUGUACUUCUAGGUACAAAUAGAUUUAUUUUUGUAUGUACAUGCUAUGUGUGAAAUAUAUGUAAUUAUUUAUGAUUGUUGGAAUAAUUUAGUAUGUGUUGGAAUAUGUUAACUGCACAUAGGCAACUUGAUUUCUGAAUUCCCGAGAAAUGUUGAGAAUUUUCUCGUCAGAAUACCUUUUUGGGUCCUCAUCGAGUAGUGAACAGCUGAACCUUGAAAUAGCAACUUGGUUCCCUGAAUUACUAGGAUUAGACUUUCACAUGAACGUGGCAAGGAUGGCAAUGACACAAAUCAAGCAGUUUACUAAAUUCAACAACACAGUUCCCUUUUUAUAAUGAGUAUAAUAAGAUUAUCUUCACUUUUAGCAAUAUUAUAAUACUUUUGUUUGUAUAUAGGCCUUCUAUCUUGAUACUUGAUGCACAAUCCAUAUUUUCAUGCUUAAUUAUACUAUCAGUUCAUUAUUUUGGUUGUAAACUAUGUGAAAAAUAACAACAUGUAUUUUGAAUAUGUACAGUAUAUUUAAGCCUGAAAUCAGCCUCAAUUUGAAAAAAUACAUUAUCAAAAACAUUUAGCCUAUUUUCUGACCCUUACAAAGAAUAAUUCAUUAAUACAGUAUGUGGAGAAUGUCAUGAUUAAGCUUUCUGAGUAAGAUUCCCUUAAUCUGUCCAAUUUACCUUGCUACUUUACCCUUGCUACUUUCUCAAAUCAAAAUAGUACAUAUUGGAAGAUGCUGCACUGUCAGGCCAAAGAUUAGAAUAGAUGAGGGGACUUCACAUAGCGCCAUCAGUUGUGUCAGCUGCCGUCUGAACUAGAGCUGGAUGUCCCUCAUGUUGAUGGAGGCGGUAGGCCAUUACUAACCUCAAGGAAAUUGAGAAUAGAGAAGAAAACAACAGUGUCAAUUCCCUUGACAUGCAUAAAGGGACAACAAGCCUAUUAAUGGCAGAGACUAAACAUCUCCAAAGUUGUUCUUUUGCAAGAAAUUGAAAGAUGAAGAGAGCAAACGUUCAUUGCCGGUAAGACAGUUCUCACUUGGCCAAUAAUACUUUUCUAAAGUAACAGUGAUGAUGUGUACGUUUGAAUGGCCUUUUGACUCAAGCCUCCACUAAUCCUAGUUCUAGUAGCUUAACUGUGGCAUGUCUAUAUUAGAGCAGACCAAUGAAGAACUAAAACCCUUACAAAGUAGAGACAUUGCCAUAACACCAUAAUAAUAUUGUGUCGACCUGCACUGAGAAGCUGUAAGCCUGAGUAGUAUUCACUGACCUGGUUGGUGUGCUGCUUUAAAGGUUAAACAAAUGUAAAGUUGUACUACUAUUGUGACAUUUCAUCAUGUUCAUCAUUUCAUAUCAUGUUUUAUUUAAUUGUUCAAAAUGAUGUAUUUCCUUUAGCUCAUUAGUGUAAAAAUAUAGAAAUAAGGAUUGUGUGUGUCUCGUUACCUUGGCUGUGUGUGUGAGGGCUUAAAAUUAACAAACAGGCUGUUGUUGCUUUUGUGGAAUAUAAUAGCACUUGACAAAACAUAAAAGCAUUUCUAGUAUAUAUCUAUUAAGCUGCAUGCCGUAUAAAUUAUUUCAUUGUAAUUUCAUAUUUGUUUAUUUUGUUUCCAUUCCACUCCAUCAUC